UAUUACCCUUUAUACACUUAUUUUAAAAAUAUCUAUAUGCAGAAGUGCUUAGAGAAGUUGCCGAAGGUGGAAAAAUGCUGUAUAUGUAUAACGGAUCUCAAAGUAGCUGCUGCUAUUAUUGCAGUUUUAGGCAUCGUAACAAGUCCAAUGGUAUCAUGGGUGGUGGUGAGGCAUAUGUACGUGAUCAAAGUAUCAUGCGUGUUGAACACAAACUCAUCACGCCCAGAUGUUGUGGAUAUCCUUAUGACUAAUGCUCUUAGUUUUGGUUUCGGUGUAAGCUCUGGUCUUGGCUCAUCUUGCUUAUCGAGCAAUGCGACGGGCUCUGAAGAGAAAAGCAAAUCCUCAUUUAAACAAGUUGUGAGAGGCACCGGCUGGAUAGUGCUAAUAUCAGAUGGAGUUUUUGUGAUAUCUAGUAUCCACUUUCUAAUAAAAAUGUUUAAGGGCGUGGAUAAGCGAUCAUCAUUAAUAUUCAUAAUCGCGGGUUUCAUAUCAAUUUUUUUCUCGUUUACAUACGGAAUGUUGUAUGUAGCGGCAUGCGUGUAUUUGGGAGGAUUAUUUCCAAUUUUCGAGUUCUUUUUUGCAUGUUUUGACUUAAUAAUAUGGAUCUACUAUUUAAUGGUGGUGUAUUCCUUCAGACAAAAAACGCAGAUGCGGUAGAAGACUUCCUACACCUGCAAGACUGUUAGAUCCCUAAGAAAAUAAACGGGGAAUGACUUUUACCUAACUGCUAUACAGCUACUUAACAAGAAUGUGUCUGUCAUUGAAAUCUAUUGUUAACUAAA